AUGUCUUGGAAGCUUACCAAGAAGUUAAAGGAAACCCAUCUGGGUCAAUCCUUGAGCCCUUUCUCUCGAUCCCCCUCUACUUCAACCAUCACCGACAAGGAAAAGGAUGGACAGGCUAGCGGCGCUGUUACGCCUACAACGGAAAAUGCCAUAGCUGCCUCUGAGGCCAUGACACAGGCCCCUGUUGUUAAGCCCCCCAAGCCCGGUAUUCUCGUUGUUACCCUCCACGAAGGUCAAGGAUUUUCUCUUCCUGAGCAGCACCGAAGUGCUUUUGCCUCGUCACAUCAAGGAUCGAUGUCUUCGUCCAACGCUCUUGGCAUGUCUGGUUCUGUUCGGCCAGGAUCUUCACAACGUGUCGCCGGAUCAUUUGUUAACGGCAGUAACCGACCACACUCUUCCGCUGGCGGCUUCAACGGCAUCCCCACCAACCACGGCCGAAUUUCUGGAAAGUACAUGCCAUACGCCCUCCUCGAUUUCGACAAGGUCCAGGUCUUUGUCAACUCGGUCGAUGGAAACCCUGAGAACCCUCUGUGGGCCGGUGGAAACACCCAGUACAAGUUCGAUGUGUCAAGAGUGACAGAGCUCGUCAUUCAUCUGUACAUGCGCAACCCGAAUGCGCCACCCGGAUCUGGACGAAGCCAGGAUAUUUUCCUUGGUGUUGUCCGCAUCAACCCCCGAUUCGAAGAGAGACAGCAAUACGUGGAGGACCCCAAGGCUAGCAAGAAGGACCGCGAGAAGGCUGCUGCUGAGCACGCAGCGCGCAAUGGUCACCAAGGCGCCGAGUGGGUUGAUGUGCAAUAUGGAACUGGUAGAAUCAAGGUUGGUGUUGAGUAUGUCGAGACUCGAGCAGGUAAGCUCAAGAUUGAAGACUUUGAGCUACUCAAGGUCGUCGGUAAGGGCAGUUUCGGCAAGGUCAUGCAGGUACGCAAGAAGGACACAAACCGAAUUUACGCCCUCAAGACAAUCCGAAAGGCGCACAUCAUUUCACGAUCCGAAGUCGCCCAUACACUCGCUGAGCGAUCUGUGCUGGCACAGAUCAACAACCCUUUUAUCGUACCUCUCAAGUUCAGUUUCCAGUCACCGGAGAAGCUUUACUUUGUUCUCGCCUUUGUCAACGGAGGAGAGCUGUUCCACCACUUGCAAAAGGAGCACCGAUUUGACGUCAACCGAUCCCGCUUUUACACUGCUGAGCUUCUGUGCGCUUUGGAAUGUCUGCACGGCUUCAGCGUCAUUUACAGAGAUCUUAAGCCCGAGAACAUUCUUCUGGAUUACCAAGGUCAUAUCGCUCUUUGCGACUUUGGUCUCUGCAAGCUUGAUAUGAAGGAUGAGGACCGAACCAACACAUUCUGUGGCACACCCGAGUAUCUUGCUCCAGAGUUGUUGAUGGGUCAAGGUUACAACAAGACCGUCGAUUGGUGGACUCUUGGUGUUUUGCUGUAUGAGAUGUUGACAGGUCUGCCACCUUUCUACGAUGAGAACACCAACGAGAUGUACCGCAAGAUUUUAUCAGAGCCUCUUCACUUCUCGGAUGUUGUUCCUCCAGCUGCCAAGGACCUUCUUACCAAGCUUUUGAACCGCAACCCUGAGGAGCGACUUGGUGCCAAUGGAUCAGCUGAGAUCAAGGCGCAUCCUUUCUUCCAUGCUAUUGACUGGAGAAAGCUUCUACAGCGCAAGUACGAGCCUACAUUCAAGCCCAGCGUGGCCGAUGCUCUGGACACUGCCAACUUUGACCCCGAAUUCACAUCUGAAGCCCCCCAAGAUUCUUACGUCGAAGGCCCCAUGCUCUCCCAAACCAUGCAGAACCAAUUCCAAGGAUUCAGCUACAACCGUCCGAUCGCUGGACUGGGAGAUGCAGGCGGCAGUGUCAAGGAUCCAUCAUUUGUCGGUAGUUUGACAGAUAACCGAUAA